UGUUAGAAGUGUGUAGUGUAGUGUAGUGUAGUGUGCCUUCUUGGAAAACUUGAACAUUUCAACUGCUGCUGGUUUAACUCUCUCUAAUAAUGUGGCUUUAUAAUUUGUUUCUGGGUUUUGAUCUAAAGGGUCUGUUCCUGUUUAUUUUUAUUUUUAUCAUAAUAGCCGACUUCAUCAAAAACAGGAAUCCUCCAAAUUAUCCUCCAGGACCAAUGGCUCUUCCGAUUGUGGGGAAUUUCUUCAGUUUGGACAGUAAACAUCCACACGUAUAUUUUACCAAGCUGGCUGACGUUUUUGGGAGUGUGUUCAGCAUCCGCCUCGGCAGUGACAAGAUGGUGUUUGUGUCUGGGUAUAAGAUGGUGAAGGAAGCCUUAGUGACACAAGCCGACAACUUUGUGGAUCGACCACACAGUGCAAUUGUGGCCAGGGUUUACUCAGGAGACUCAGGUGGUUUGUUCAUGAGCAAUGGUGAAACAUGGAAGAGACAGCGACGAUUUGCCUUGUCGACCCUACGUACCUUUGGCCUGGGAAAAAACACCAUGGAGCAGAGUAUCUGUGAGGAGAUCCGACACCUGCAGGAGGAGAUGGAGAAAGAGAAAGGUGAACCUUUCAACCCAGCAGGCCUCUUCAACAAUGCUGUAUCCAACAUAAUAUGCCAGCUGGUGAUGGGGAAACGCUUUGACUACAGCGACCACAACUUCCAGAUCUUGUUAAAAUAUAUUUCUGAAGUUUUUUGGCUGCAGGGCUCUCUAUGGGGUCUGUUGUAUGAGUCGUUCCCUGGAGUGAUGAAGCACUUGCCAGGUCCCCACAACAAAAUGUUCGAUCAAUUUACCGCCAUCCUAGAGUUCAUCAGUCAGGAGGUUAAGAGCCACAAGAAGGACCUGGACCACAGUGAUCCCCGGGACUAUAUUGACACCUUCAUUAUUGAAAUGGAAAAAAACAAGGAUUCAGAUCUUGGCUUCACAGAGACUAAUCUGGCUAUGUGCUCUCUGGAUCUGUUCGUGGCUGGAACAGAGACAACUUCUACUACCUUACUGUGGGCUUUGGUUUAUCUCAUCAAAAACCCUGAUGUCCAGGACAAAGUCCAGACAGAGAUAGACAGAGUGAUCGGACACAACCGACAGCCCAGUAUGGCAGACAGAACCAACCUGCCCUACACUGAAGCCGUCAUCCACGAGAUCCAGAGGAUGGGAAACAUUAUUCCUCUAAAUGGACUCAGAAUGGCCGCCAAGGAUACAACACUGGGCGACUAUAUUGUACCGAAGGGUACAUCCGUGAUGCCUAACCUGACCUCUGUGCUGUUCGACAAGACUGAAUGGGAGACCCCAGACACCUUCAACCCCGGACACUUCCUAGAUGCUGAGGGAAAGUUUGUGAAGAGAGAAGCUCUCAUGCCUUUCUCUGCAGGGAAACGUGUAUGUCUCGGAGAAGGCCUCGCCAAAAUGGAGCUGUUCUUGUUUUUGAUCGGAUUACUGCAGAAGUUCUCUUUCUCCGUUCCUGAUGGAGUAGAGUUGAGUACAGAAGGAGUAACUGGAAUAACUCGAGUACCACAUCCCUUCAAGAUUUAUGCCAAAGCACGCUAAAUUAUACAACAUCUCACUGAAUGAGGGUCUAAGGAUAGAGGGUGUCGUUUUUCUCAUACUGAUAUUCUGAACAAUCUGUGCUGUUGUAUUUGCUGUAAAGUGUCUCUACUGUAGGCUAUUUUUAUUAUAUGUACAGCACUUUGGCUCGACCAAAAAUUGUUUAUAAAUGUGCUAUAUAAAUAAAACUUGAUUUGAAUAAUUUUUCAUCCGACAAAAGUGUUCUCUGCCUAUACAUUUCCUUCCUUGUGAUAAAAUAGUUGUCAUAAUAUAUUGUUGUAUUAAUGGCAUUCUUUAUAGGACAGUAUUGUCCUUGUUAUUAAUGAAAAUAUGUAUAAAGAUUUUCUCAAAAUACAAUCUUCUAUUACAUUCAAGCUGUAUUGUCUAUGUCUUCUUUAUCAUCAUCAGUUAUGUAAUGUAUUAGCCAUUAUUUAAGAACUGCAAUCAUUAACAAAACCUUUGGAAACAUGUGUUAAUGAUUAAUAAAGGAUUUGAUGAUAUGUGUCACAAA